AUGGCAAGCGUACAGAAAGUUACAGAAAGUGUGUUAAGGAUGUCCAUGUAUGUUUCUAGCAGAAGUGUUUAUAUAACAUUUAUUCUCUAUGCAGCAGUUAUUGUUGUAAGUGGAGAUAAGUGCUAUAAGUGCGACGAUUUAUUAGGGAAAAGUGAGUGUACAGACGCAUUCAGCUUUGGCGUGGGUGAUACUGACAAACAAGCUGAGUGUGCGUAUGGCUGCUCUAAAGUAAAGACCGAGACUCAAGUCUUUGGAGCAUCAGGAUUUUCUUACGUACGAGCAUGUGCCACAGAGUCUAGAGAUACCAAAUGCACGGAGAGUGGGGGCUUUGUCCUAGGCACUGGGGCCAAAAUUACAACGUGCUAUUGUGAAGGGAACCUAUGCAACAGCGCCACCUAUAGAACAACAUCAACAUUCCUGAUUACUGUGGGCCUUAUCAUGACUGCCUUCUAUCAGCUAUUAUAACAUUUUAAAUACAUAUCAAGACUCUUGAGAAAUGUACAUAUCCAAGAAACAAAAUGCGUCUAGGACGAAAAGGAAAACGCAUAUUUUCGUUUUAAUAUUUGUUCCACUAUUUGUAUUAUACUUUUGAAAUAUAUGUUUAAUUAAAAACGUAAUAUAAACACUCUUAAAUGGAUUAAAUAUCUCAAAAUAAAUUGAAUAAUCCAAUCAUUGAUGAUCGAU